AUGUUGAACGCCAAGGAAUUGAGAGAAUUACAUUUUAAAAUCCCUACCGGAUACGGUCUGAUGGGACAUACGUGGCGCAGUGAACCCACACGCAAGGAACAGUCGUUUAAGGCAAUCGAUGAGGCCGUCGAGCUUUCAGGCGAGAUUGGACUCUACAAUAUUGGUGAAUUUUAUGGACCCGAAUUCAGCAACUUGCAUCUAGCCAGGGACUAUUUGAAAGCUCGUCCACAAAACAGGAGCAAGAUGAUUUUCAACUGCAAAGGUAGCAUAGAUGUCCCCUCGCUCAAACCCAAAGGCAGUUAUGCCGAUGUGACAAAAUCCAUCGAAACCUGCGUUGAGCACUUUGGCGGGCCCAUUGACAUCUACGAAGUGGCAAGAAUUGAUGCUGAGCUUGCUGGUGACAAAUUGUACCCCAGGGAAACCUUCGAUGCGAUGGUUGACGCAAUUAAAAGGGGCCUUAUCGGGGGCAUUUCCCUGAGCGAAGUCACUGCCGAGCAGAUCAGAGCUAUCCACGCGGAUUAUGGGCAGUAUCUGUGCAGCGUUGAGAUCGAGGUUUCAUUGUUCUCCAGGGAUAAUAUUUUCAAUGGAGUCUUGGAUGCCUGCAACGAAUUAGGGUUGCCAGUGCUUUGUUAUUCGCCUCUGGGUCGUGGGCUUUUAACAGGCAACAUUGCCGGUCUGAAGGACAUUCCUGAAGGUGACUUCCGUCUGCGUUUGAAAAGAUUUCAAGGUGAUUCGAUGAACUCAAAUCUCUUGCUAGUAGAAUUCCUCAAGAGAGAAAUCGUCGCAAAGAGCAAGACUGGGAUAACGUUACCUCAGGUGGCCCUUGGGUGGGUUAGAUCUUUGAACGAAAAAUACACAGGCACGCACCUUUUGCCAAUUCCAGGCGGUUCCACUGCUGCAAGAGUGAGUGAAAACAUGGCCUUGAAGAAAUUGAGCCCCGAGGAAUUGAGUAAGAUAAACGAGUUCUUGUCAGGAUUCACCACUGUUGGUGGGAGAUACGAAAUGGCGGAAUAA